GAUUAAUGCGGCAAUAAAAAUCAUAAACACAAAUGGAUACAAAAUAGAGAAGAAAAAAGCAGUCAUUAGCAGAGCAUUAAUGGCUUAUCUAAGGAAGCCAAAAGGUCUUUGUAUUGUGCGUAGCAUUAAUUCACAGCUGUCCUUUUGUGUUCCUCUUCUCUCUGCAUUUAUUGCCCCCCAAUCUCAACUCAAACCAUUUUCUCUUAUAAUUAUUACUCCUUAUUGAAUCAAAAAUACCACUCAUACUAUUCAAAAUGCCAUCAAAUAUAAUAUUAUAGCUUUCCCAUAUAUAUCCGUAUAAAAUCAAGAUUUCAUUAAAUUCUUCAUUAUGAGCAUUUAAUUAAUUAUAGGUGGUGGAUUUGGGUUCAUCAUCUUGUUAUAUUUAUAUCGUGACAAACUCCUUUCACCCAAGCCUUUUCAUUCUGCUCCGACUCUCUCUUUUUCACCUGCAAACUCUGCUUCUUCUCUAUCUGCCAAACGAAAAAAGAGGAUAGAUAUAUUGUGUACUUUCCCUGGUGGGAUGGCCGCUGAUGUCAGUUCCUUGGUCAGAUUGAUCAACGCCGGCGAUGCUGCUGAUUCUCCCAAACCCACGCCUCCGAUCACCCGCGACUUGCUCGCCGGAUGUACAACCCUUGAUUCUAAGGAGUUGGACCUCGACUUGCAAGUCCCCUGCGGCUGGGAGAAGCGCCUCGACCUAAAGUCAGGAAAAGUGUAUCUGCAGAGAUGCAAUUCGUCAAACUCUUCAUCAUCAAGCACAGAGAAGAAGGGUGAAGAAAGCGGAGGCAAGUUUCAAGACCUCAACUUCCCGCCAUCAUCGAAGCAGACGCUAAACCUGUUGGAUGAGGAGGGGCUGGAGUUGAAGCUGGUGUCGGGGUCCCCCUUGUCGUCUCCGUACCAGAGCGUGUGCACUCUGGAUAAGGUGAAAUCGGCCCUGGAGAGGGCGGAGAAGGAGACGGUGAGGAAGCGCUCCUCCAUAUCAAUGUCCAAGUCAUCCUCGUUACCAUCAAACUCAUCAUCUUCGAUCAAGGACAGCGAUCUCGAUCAGGAGGAGAGGUCGUCCUCGUCCUUCGCUGCCGGCUGCCCUACCUGCCUCCUCUACGUCCUCAUCUCCACCACCAAUCCCAAGUGCCCUCGCUGCAACUCUAAUGUGCCAAUGCCUCUGCCCGCCAAGAAACCUAGAAUUGAUCUCAACAUAUCCAUUUGAGAACCAUAUUUCUAAUUUAUUGGUUCCCAUUUUUUGUAAAGAUAGAGAAAUAGGUUUAAAGAAUUGGUAUAUAAACGUUUUACAAGGUUUCGUCU